AUGGAUGACUGUGGAGGUCAGCCGCUAACAACACUUCAGGGUCCCUGGCGGAUGCUGUUCAAGGUCCAUAGAUAUGACUCUAUGGGGAGCUACGCUAGUGCGGCGUCCUUUUUAACCGACGCAACAGGUUCGGAAGGAGAUAGUGUCUCAAAUAAGGCAGAUCUGUACGACACAGGUUCACGCUAUAGAUCUGAGAAGCUAGAUGACUGGGGUACUAUCUCAGCGGUACGCUUGUCAAUGUGGGAAAAUGACGUAGAGGUUGCAUAUUUUGUCUUCAGUGCCGCAGGGAAGACGAAAUAUACCUGGAUGGAUUGUAACAACUUACUGUACUCCAGCUACACGGAUAUUUUGUCUGAAACCAUCACAACGUGUACAAUCUCAAACUCAGGGAGAAACUUUAUCAUUCAGAGAGGAUAUGGAGGUUGUGAUAAUGAUAACGGCUGGUUCGUUGUCAAGGAUACGGACGCUACUGACGGGUGUGAUUGGGACCCGGAUUACAGUUACGUCACGCUGCUGUACGCACCAGGGACGACGUACACUGUUUGGGGUGAUAGUAAGUCUAAUGCUGAUGCCUUCACGAUCUCCGUAAUGGAUUGGUACAUGGUAUUUAAGGGAAUACAGGGUGUGACGCCAAGCGCAGGCUCUCUUCAAGAAUCCUGGGAGGGUGAAACCGCGGAAAACGACGGAGUAAGCGCCGCACGGACCCUGACUACGUCUCCGAGCAGUCACUAUAAAAACGGGGUUUCUGAAAUCUGGGACGACGAUUUCACCUUGAUUGAAACGGCGAAAUAUGCUAUGUACAAUAAAGGGGGAGAAAAUGCUGCAGUCAUAUUCAGGGCUAUGGGUUCAACAAAGAACUCGUGGUUUUCCAAGUCCAAUAUAUUGUAUAGCGACUACACGGACCUUACAACGGCCUCUCCUCUGUACUGCAGUAUAGCUGGAGACACCAUCCGACAGUUCGCGCUGACAGACGCACACGGUAUUGGAUGUACGUCGGACUACCAUUGGAUGUUGGUAAUGGACGCCGGCGUGAUCAGUAAGCCAUGUGAAUGUGACCAGGAUGUCACAACUAGACCUUACUUCCUCUACAGUAGCGGCACAACAAGUGUGGCUCCGGAUCUGGGUUGGUUUCCGGUGAUGAAGGCAGUUUACGGAAAUUCUGUUACCGGCUCUACCAUCUACAAUUUCUGGAGUACUUCCUCUACCUCCUACAAUGUUAACGAAUUCGAGACGUCAGCGUAUUCCUUACAGUCAAACACACCUAAUUACAGGUCUCGGAUCGUAUCCUCCUGGACCAGCUACUACAUCAGUGCGGUGCGAGUUUCUUUCAUCAAGAGUGGAUCAGAGGUUGCCUAUGCGGUGUUUGACGCACAUGCAUCAAGUCGAACCGACUGGAUGUCGUGCAGCAAUCGACUGCUUUAUACCAGUUACAGUGAUGUAAAUAGAUACACCACUACUCAAUAUUGUAGCAUAGCAGGAGAGAGUAGUAGCCGACGGUUUUUUGCAGAGAAAUCUUACGGCGGCUGUAACGCGGACCAGGGUUGGUGGGUGGUAGUGGAUUCGGCUGGUACGUGUGAUUGGGAGAAAGCGUACACCACACCAUAUGUGCUCUUCAGCGACGCAGGAGCAUCCGAAUACAACACCAAUCAACAGUUGGCAGACAUAUUUCUUAUUUCAGUCACAUACGAUGACUUCUGUGCAUUGAUUUCAUGUGAAAACGGAGGAACGUGCUAUGAAAGAGGAGUUCGAUUCGAAUGCAUAUGUGACGGAGAUUACUACGGUAUCCUAUGCAGUGAUUUGGACGGUGAUUGGUCUGACUGGAGCUCUUGGGGUAGCUGUAGCACAACCUGCCACUACCAGGGCACACAUAGCCGCUCUCGUUCGUGUAACAACCCGUCCAAGGCGGGAUCAGGGAUCGACUGCUCGGGAGAUACGUCUGAAACUCAAGCUUGUGAUCCAGCGAAUGAAGUCUGUCCCUUAUACCAAAGUGGAACGCAAUCAGGAGAUACGAGUUACACGAUGUCCUGCCCGACAACAUUUCAAAUAUACACACAAUCAGCGUAUUAUGGACGCUACAGUUAUUCUUCUAGUUGCCAUGAUACCAGUUCAUUGAGUCGCGUACAGAGCAACUGUGACGAUCGUGAAACAUGCACAUUCACGUUUGGCGAAGGUCUGUUUACCGGCUACAACAGUAUAGAUUGUCUUAACUGUUACCAGAGCAACCCAUGUCUAGCCAGUCAUAUCGAAGGCUACGUGACAUGGAAAUGUGGACGAGAUGGCGGAGUCAGCACGUGGACCGCUUGGUCUCUAUGUACCGCGACGUGUGAUGGAGGAACACGAACAAGGAGUCGUACUUGUGAUAACCCGGAACCUAUUUCACCGGGAACAGGUUGUUCAGACACUUUAACUGACUCGAAGGACUGCUUCACUGUAGCCUGCCCAUCGUGUGGUGAGCAUGUCUCGGGAUUCCUUCGGAUGGAGCCUUGGAACAUGACAUCAUACAAUGACUCAGAAUCAGGUGUCGCAUACCUUUUGACAAACACACACUAUGAAAUUAUUUGCUGUGAAUCGAUUGCGGCGAUUGAAUUCCAUACCACCCACGAAGGGUCCAUCACGUUCAGUAUGUGGCGGCCAUCUGGCGGGUCCUACUCAGUUGUGGCCUCAGUGGCCUACACUGUCACAGCCGAGGAAGUGAACACUACUGUCAACUAUACAUUUGGAUUAGGAGAUCGGAUGAUAGCACACAUAGGAGAUAUGCUGGGCUGGUAUACCGCCGGAGAUAACAUGAUACCAUAUAUCCUUUGUACUGGAGAAGAGAACUGUCCCAACGCUACAAAAAAGGCUCCAUUUGCGUCUGAGCCAAUAGCAGCAAGUACAUUUGCUUGGGGCUCUGACGGUACCGUCACAACCUUUCCAGACCGUGCCUACGCUAUAAAGUUUUAUACUAACCCAAAUACCGUGCCUUACGUAAAUCAAACGGAAAUGGAUACGUUUGUGAAAGACCACGAGCCCCCAGGUACCUGGGCCAUUGAUUACUCCAUAUUCACAGACGAACUCGGAGACCCUCUCACUCACAGCAUGAGCCAUCCGGAGAACUACUUUGAACUGAAUUCUACUUUUGACCCAGUUCGGCUCUUCCUACAAGUAAAACGGACACUUCCUAAGGAAUAUAACGUGUACAGCAUUGUGAUGACGUCAACAGACACCUGUGGUGAAUCUGUGUCAACAACAUACUCUAUCACAACAUAUAACGCGCCACCGGUAUACCUGAACCUGCCAACUAAUAUGGAGUUAAAGGAGGACAUGGCCGGGGCACAGCUAUUGUAUCAGAUUGACGUCAUGGAUCCAUCUAACAACGAUUCAAUUUGUUGCACGUUAGCACAAGUCUCGCCAGCCUCUUCCAACUUUGAAAUGAAAUUUACCAACAAUUCUUACAACAUAUUUACGACGGCUAGUUUAGUGUUUAACUACAAAGAGAUCAGCGACUUUUACAAACUUCGGGUCUGCUGUUCUGAUGAAACGGGCACCUCGAUGAGUUUCAUUGAUAUUGACAUCAUAGAUGUCAUUAUUGAGGAAACCUACAUCCCACCUGCUUGGUUUUUCAAUGCUGUUGUCUUCAGUAUAAUACCUAUGAGCAUCACACUCUUCGUCGCAUGUGGGAUCCUAUUUGCUACUAUGUUCUUCAAUCCAGAGCUACGCUAUGUAAUUAUUUAUGACGAUUAAGUCGAAUUCAUAUUUCAACGCGUCGCAACCACAAGAUGAUGUGGUCAUUCCAGUACACUUUUAUUACCAGCACUUUGACAACGACUAGUGUUACAUCACUACUCGUCAGACGGAUUAUUUACAUCACUGUUAGAACUGUGUUAUAUCACUACUCGUCAGACGGAUUAUUUACAUCACUGUUAGAACUGUGUUACAUCACUACUCGUCAGACAAAUAAUUCACAUCACUGUUAGAACUGUGUUACAUCACUACUCG